AUGCCCGUCAAGCGCUUUAUGCGCAUUAAACAUUGGUGUGUGAUUUCGUGUUUUAAUGGUUACAUCCUAGGGCAACGCAAAUGUGUGGAUACGUUUGUAUGCGAAAUCAAACAGUUCCCUACUGCAAUCAAUCCUGACAGUGCAGAGUUUGAGAAAUCUGUUAGUCAUGCGGCGCUAAUUUCUGUUAACACUCAUCACAUCAAAAACCCACAGUUCGUGUGGAGUAGUACUGGAGCCAGCAAGCUGGUGAGUUGCUUCAUUCUCCUGUCUCUGAUAAAGGUCGACAAUCUUAAAGUGAACUGGAAGGAGUUCUUGGAAAGCAAUGGCACUUUGGACGUCACUUGCAUCUAG